AUGUCCUCUCCAAACGGUCGCAAGAAGUUUGAAGAAAUCCAGAAUAAACGACGCGCCGCCACGGAUUAUGGUAUAUCAUCUGCUAAGGCGAGACGAAUAUUAGACGAAAAUUUAGAAGAUGAAGACGACGAAGACGACGAAGAGACAUUGCAACUCAAACUUGCUGCUAUAGAGGCUCGGUUGAAGCUGAAGAGGCUGCAACAGAGCAAGGCACGGCUCAAGCAAGCAGAUUCAGAGACAGAAUCAUUUGAGGGCCCUUCGGGGAGUAUAAGUCCGGGGCCCGAGAGCCAAGGCUAUCAUGGAAGUCGAGUAUUGGGAGAACGGAAGAGGAAGGCUGCCGAUACGUCAUAUCAAGAGAAUGUGCAGGUUCCUCUUUCUCCAGUAAAAAGACCACCUCCGCCGGUGGCUCCUAUAUCUCCACAAAGGGUGAUCUGGGGUAUUGACAAGGGGCGCAAGGCACCUGACGUUUCUUUGAGACGGCCCAAAUCAAUGGGUCAAAACCCCUAUGAUAACAAGCAAACCACUGGGAGCCAAGCGGGAAAUCUCUUUACCAGAGGAUCUAGCCGUGAGACACAGCUACUACCUCCCAGUACCACCAGUCGGCUUGAUAAAUUCAAAAGCUUCAGUGAUCGGAUGAUAGAGAGUAGGGCUAAUGAUAAAGAGCGAAGAGAUAAAUCAUGGGCAUUACAGCAGAAGAGAACCACCGGGUUUGGUGUUGACAAGAAUGAACUGGAGCGGUUCCAUGCCGCAGCAAAGGAGUCAACAAUUGAUCUUGGAGCUGUCCCAUCGACAAAACGCGAACGAUUGACCUCCCCUGUACGUGUAACGCAGUCAUCUUCAACUGAAAAUAUACCCCCUACAUCGCCGUCCAAACGAGACCGCAGUCAGUUGUCACGGAUUGGCCGGAGCAACUCAGAGAGCAGGGUGACCCGCACCGCUAGGAGCGAAUCAUCAUCUUCCAUAGGAACUGAAGUCAAGCCAGCAGAUCCAACAAAGUUCGAACCCUUCUCCUCCUUACAUCUAUCUACGCGCAUUUUACCUCAUUCAUUCCUUAAACGCACCUUCGAUUCUAAAACCACCAUGCGUAUACCAGACCUCCUACGAACAGUCAAAGGGCCGGAUUUUGAAUCUCCUGAGACUGAUGGAGAUUUUGUUGUUUUUGGCAUUGUGGGCUCCAAGUCAGCUCCCAAAGAGCAUAAAGACAAGAAAGCUGGGGGGAACAAGAAUGAUGAUGAGCCUGAAGAUGGGCAUAACGCUAACAAAUACAUGGUUCUAACAUUGACGGAUCUGAAAUGGACCAUCGACCUCUUUCUGUUUUCGACAGCUUUCCCCCGUUACUAUAGGCUUGCUCCUGGGACCUUAAUUGCUGUCUUAAACCCUGCAAUAAUGCCACCCCCGCGUCAUAGGAUUGAUACGAAUGCCUUCAGCUUGACAUUGCAUUCAUCGGAGGAUACAAUCCUAGAGAUUGGAACUGCCCAGGACAUAGGUUUCUGUAAGGCGGUUAAAAGAGACGGCAAAGUUUGUGAGUCCUGGGUUGACUCUCGCAAAACGGAAUACUGUGACUUCCAUGUAGAAGCACAGCUUCGCAAAACCACUUCGGGCAGAAUGGAAGUUAACAGCGGACCUGGAAUUUCGACUAGGUUCGGGCCUCGGUUUAGCGGGUUCCGCGGUGCAAGGCGAGAACAAAAUGUUUCACAAGGAAGUGGUACUCGGAGUAAUACUGAUAGUGGAGGGAACUUCGAUCGGGCAACAGGCACCAGAUACUACGUUGCGCCGGCUGCGACUUCAGCUAUCGGAAAUAGGCAAAGUCAAUUUCCAGGAAGGGAUGGCACUGCAUCCAGUCUAUUAGACGCAGACGAUCCUUUCAUAGACGCUGGAUCUUUUGACCGAGGGGGGAACUCAAAGGCCGAACGCCUUCGGAAACGCCUCGCAGACCAGGAGAGAGAGCGUACCAUCGCCAGGUCACUGGGCGAAUUCAAGGGCGUUGGGGCCGAAUACCUUCGGGCUCAUCACAAGGACACUGUAGAAGCUGAGAGCAAAGCCAAUUCCACUUCUGCAACGGCUAGCUCCCAUACUACUAGCAAUCAGAGCCGAUCGAAUGACAACAGUUCUGGAAACGACCCUUUCCUUGGCCUGGACAACCUUCAAAAAAAUGCUAAAGGCAUUAAGCUUAGACGUGGCAAGGAUGGUAAUGUGCAGACAACGGUGAAGAAGACGAGAUUUAUUACUGCCAAUGGCAUCAGAGAGGCCGGCAGAUAUAGCCUUGGAAAGGCUACCCAGGAUGCAACGGAUUAUAAUGAUGACUUGGACAUUGUAUAG